CUUUCUUUACUUUGACUCAAAUCCAAUGCAUAAAAGGGUAACAAAGCCAAGAACUCCCCCCCUUCUCUCUUCUUUCUGAUUCCACCAAAAAGACCCCUCAGUUCUCCCUCCCUCCCUCCCUCCAAACGGAAAACCAAUUUUCCUUUCUUCCACUCCCUCUAUACUCCAAAAACCAUGCUCAAUCUUCACUCCUUCGUAUUCAUGACAAUUCUCCUGUCAUUCUCAUCAGCAAGAGCUCAGAAGCCCAUCACAUCGCCAAAGAUGCUAGAUCUCCUCAUUAGAAACUACACUUUCAGUGGCAGCUUGAACAUGACGAAAACAGGGGAAAUGCAGAGUGUCCACCUCCCGCCGAACCUCUCCGGCAGCGUACGGGCUCACGCAGCGAGGUUCCGGUGCGGCAGCUUGACCCGGUACGGCGCCCGGUUUGACGAAUUCCACCUAGGAAUCGGCGUCCACUUGUUCCCUUGCGUGGACAGAGUGAUGUUGAUCACACACAACUUGGGCCUCAAUUGGUCAAUAUCCUUCUACUCUGCAAACUACAACCUCUCUGGCUACCAACUCGUGUCACCAAUUCUCGGCCUUACUGCCUACAGUGCCGGCAAGAAGACCAGCAACAACCCGAAUUCAAGCUACCCUUUCGAAGUCAAAAUUCGUUCCGAUCAUGGAAAUCCAAUCACUGUAAAUUUCACCGGCGCUAUGUCCCAUGACGAUCACGCUAAUCCUCUGUGUGCUAGCUUUGGGAAAGAUGGGAGCACUGUGAGCAUAGAACCCCCAAUUUCGCCUUAUCUCUGCGGUUCGACAUCCAACGGUCAUUUUGGGUUGGUGGUGGAGCUUCCGCAGGCGCCGCCAGCCCCACCGCCGUAUGGAGCAGAGGAAGGAGGAGGCAGAGUGGCGAUGUGGAAAGUGGCGGUGGGGAGCAGCGUGGGGAGUGCAUUGGCGAUUGUGCUGUUGGGUUUGCUUCUGGUGGCGAUGUUUGCCAAGGUGAAGAAGAAAGCGAGGAUGGUGGAGAUGGAGAGGAGGGCAUAUGAGGAGGAAGCUCUGCAGGUUUCCAUGGUCGGACAUGUCAGAGCUCCUGUAGCUGUCGGAACUCGAACUGCCCCCAUUAUUGAGCAUCAUUUCGUACAUUAUAAGCCUAAAUGAUCAAUGAGAAUUUUGUUUAGAUACAUCAUUGUUUGCCAAAUUUUGUGAUCAUUCUUUCUGUAAUAGUAGGCCUUGUUGAACAGAGAAGUGAAUUGCUGCAUAUUCAUCUCAUCUCUAUUAACUUUGACUCCCGUUGGAUCUCAUCUUAGGAUUUCAAUUUUCACAUUUGUAUCUCUACUACUAACUAAGAACCUUCUUUUCCAUCUCGUUUCUUCGGUAAUCCUUGAUGUUCAAAUAAAGAAAGGCAGCCAUCUUUUGCUAGGGUUGAAAAUGGAGCAGAUGGAAAUGAUAUGGUGUCUCUUGCAAUUGCGACAGCACGGGUUUGGAGCAAAAGGAAACAUUCUUUUCGGAGGAGUCAAAUCAAGCGGGUAAGUAAACCUCCUCCGUUUGUUGGACGGAAUGAUGAAAAUGGGGUCCGCCGAAAGGAAAAGAGAUGGACGAAGGGAAAUGUAUUUUGUGGACUUUGGAGUGAAAUGCCGCCAUGAGUGAAGGAGGGCCUGGCAGCGUUGUUUAGAAGCAUGCUAAGGGAGGUUUUCUACUUUUCAUUUGAUGAGGGUGGGGAAGGAAGUCAACGUGGCUAGCUAAGAUUUUGAAUGGUGCGAAUUUUUAUAAAAUGGGAGACAUAGAAUAAAGAAAUUUUUAGGAA